ACUAAUUUUUUCAUCACUGCAUAGCUUAUAAUAUGAAGCUUAUCAUAUAAAAGCGAAAAAAUACCAUAAAGAGUCGUCACAUCAAAUUCGUAAACUUGUUUAUUAUCAUAUCUAAUCGAGAUUUUGAAGGAAACAGUAUUCAAGACAACUAAAAUAUGUUAAUCUUAUCCAAGGAAAUUCAUGAUCACCAAAUGCAGCACCAAGUUGCAGAGAACAAAAUCUGCAAAAGCCCGUUCCGGUGCUAAAUCCUGCAGUCUUUACACGUAUGGAUCAGGAUGACAGAAUAUGAUGAGAAAGAUGUGGAAAGUCGUGCAAGGGUUGCCUCUAUUACUCUUCCAACCAGAAAUCCAAAUCCAAAUACCCCACCUGCGUCGGCUUCUCCAAAACCCUCCAACAAGUGCCGAGCUACAUUGUGGGAGAAACCGAAUUGGAGGCGUCUAAAGCAGACCGGACGCUUGCCCAUUUUAAAUCUUCUCAUCAACUCGGUGGAUUGUGACAUAACUAGCUCGUGUCAGGUAUUGUAUGACAAAAAACCUGCAGGCCAUACUCAUGCUCCAACUCCUGCUCAUAAAAGUGAAGAAAACGGUCGGCCUAUUCCUCAACCUCAAACCUACCAACCAGCACAGUCAACACGAGAUGAAUACCUCCACAGGUUUAAGAAGAAUGCGGCACUAGUAGCAUCAGGUGUUGCUCGAAAUGUGAAUAGAGUGGGAAACUACGUGAAACAGAGUGCGGAUGACAUUCUAUACCCUUACAGGAGAAGGCCUAAGUAACAAUUCUUCUAUUGCAACAAUAAUUUAUAUCAAUAGAAAAUCUCAGUGCCUGAAUCAUGAUCCCAGUUGUAUAAUCAAAUUGAAAAUCCCUUCCUCAUUUCCCCUCCCUUCAUUCCCUCACUUUCUCUGUGCUCGUAUUGACAAUAUAGUCAUCCCGGCGAAGGUUGAGUUUUUGCAGUUGAAAUUUGUAAUAAUAGGGGCUGCUUGUAGUAGGUCUGCCAUAGGUACACCUUGUUCCAACUUUUGUAAUCACGAAUACAAGACUAGCAUGGUUGGUUGGAGAUAUGAACCCAGAAAACAGUGGGUUGAAGAGAAAUACCUUAAUCACGGGGCGAAUCCACCGCUAGCUGAAGGGGUUUAAACAUGAAAGGAACUUCUCCUUGUCCUCCAAUGUGAGGGUUAUUGCAGUGGAUAAGUUUAUUUUUGAGUAAUCCAUCAUCUGCUUUGAAGUUAGACCCUAAUUUUUUAUUUCUUGCUUUAAUACCAUGAAUCUAAUGAAGUAUCCAUUCUAUUUCA